AUGGCUAUCGUCCCGAUAAUGUCGACCCCCGAGGCCGUCGCGCCUGGCGCUUCGCAAAGCACCGAAGAGGUGACUGUUCAGAUGAAAAACGUCUCCAUUGACCCUGCGACGACGCCCGAGCGGACUCGUGUCGCUAGCACUUCAGUGCGCAUCACGGUUCCUAUUGACGCGACUUCGAGAACGGCUGUUGUCGCUCAGUCGGGGGUAUACUCCGAUCGAAAGCUCGUGCGUCGCGACAGCAUGGACCGUCGCGAAGCCCUGCUCAAGGGCAAGGAGGGUUCGCGGCAGCGACGGCGAUGGGAAAAUGAUCGCCUUCUGUCAAACCCUUGGGCUGUCCCUCCCCUGCCCUCUGACUGGGAAGUUCGUCCCACCUACCCUCGUCGAACCGUCCCUUACUAUCUCGCUCCCCUGUGGGAUGCCGCCGAGUUUCAGCGGACUGUCGAAUCCAAGCUCAGGGGUCGCCGGAACAGCAUCCGGUCCCACGGAAGACGCGUGCAGAACACCGGCAUGAGUCCCAUGGAGGAAGCGGCCACCAGCAUCCCGAAGGAAGUGCGAGCCAAACUCAAGCGCGCCAAAGCCGCCAAGGGAUUGCUUCAGGACCUGGAGGAGACGGUCCGAGCAUUCGUGCGCAAGUGGAACGAAAGAGAAAUCCGUCUAAGAAGAGAUGGUCUGCAUGACAUUCCUCUGACUAGUGACAGUGAGGACGAGGAAAUUGUUUUCAUAGGCAGAAAUGGUGCUAUGCACGAUUCACCUGGCAAGGAGCAGAGGGACAGGGGUGAAAUGGAAUGGGACGAGGAGGGCACCAUCGGCACUGAGAAAAUGGUCUUCGAGGGUCUGGAUAAAGACAAGGGUGCCGCCUUUGCGAGAUGGCUGGUGCAUUGCGUGGGCAGCUACUAUGGCUUGCGAACUUGGAGUGUUACGCGUGACAUCGAGGGUGAGGAGAAGAGAAGGCAAGCCUAUGUGGGCGUGGACAGUCGAGCAAGAGGAUUUCUGGGCCGAGGCGUCGAAGUCGGUCGCGAAAUCGAACUCCCACGGCCAUUGUGGGGGAUGGUGUAA